UUGGUUGAGGACGUAAAAAUGUUGCUCUGAGUAUUUAUUGUGUUUUAAUGGUUUUUAUUUAUUAUUUUUGUUUGAAUUAAUGACAAUUAAGUCACUAAGUAUCAGCAUAAUUAUUUUAUAUAAUUAUUUUGUGCCGAUGGAGAGAAAAAGUGAUGAAUUUUUUUUUUGUCACGGGACUGAGCUGUAUGUUGUGUUAAUGUUUGAAAAUUUGAAUUCGGGUUGGAUUCUUCGUGCAGUUAAAGUGAUUUAAUCUUUAAAUAGAAUCAGUGAUAAUAAAUAAAAAUUUGAUUAAUUUAAUUAAUUAAGAUUCUGAAGUUAGCGGACAGUUGAAAAUUUUUUGAUUUUUUUUUAACAAUUAAAUUUAAAAAAUAACAAAAAUCCAGGUGUAGAAAAUUAAAAAAACUUCGGCUAAUUUCAGUCUCAUAAUUAAUUGAGGCAGAUAAAGUUUGAAUUUUAUGGUGAAAGUGGUGGAGAUUGGCUUCGCUUGUUGGCGCCAUGACAUUUAAACUUUUGGAUGAUAAAUUUAUUGUAAUAGUGUUGAUAAUUUUAAAGUUUGUGAUAAAAAGUGAAGUGUAGUGAUUAUGUUGGAGAUCAUGACCAGGAUGAUUUUGAAUCCAGUGAUGCUGCUGGUGGCGGAGUUUGCUGAGAAGAGACAACCAGAGACAUUUAUCAUCAUGAAAUCUCGAGAAUAAUAUUCAAUGAAUAAAAGAACCAGAAAAAAAAGCUCCCAGCGUUACGGUUCCGUGGUUUUAAUCUCGGAUUAAACAUCAAGACCAUACGAUUCAGAGUAAAUAAAAGUUGCUAAAAUAAAAAAGAGGCAAAAAUAUAUAUCGUAAUAUUAAAGACAAGGUGUCAGUACUGAAAAAGCGAAAAAAAAAAAAAGAAAUAGCCAGAGGCCCAACACAUCCCCAAAAACGUGAGAUAGUAAACAGGUGACAGCCUUAUGUUGCUUCUGCCAUACAAACAACAACCAUCGAACCCUUCAACUACGGUAGUAGUGUUGCUCUUGUUUUAGCCGUGUCGUCAAAGUUACGACGGAAAAGUCAAGCCAAAAAAAUUCAACACUGAAGAGGAUAAAGAGAACAUACUCAGCCUUUCAUCAGAUACAGAACGAAAUAACGAAGCAAUGAGUUCGCUAUAAAAAAGUUAUAAAAAAGAGACUGGACCUAGAUAAAUCCUGGGAAAAAAUUUAAUGUUCCGUAAAUCAAUAGAGAAUAUAAUGAAUUAUUUAUAGAAUAAUAAUUAUUGUUAUCAAUAGAGUAUCGAUAACGUGAAGAAUUAAUUUAAUCGUCUUGGUGAUUCGAUGGUUAAAAAAAUAUUAAAAUUAAUGUGUUUUAAAAAUAAGUGGCUACGAUGCCAUACAAUAAUUAAAAUCAAAUAGUGCUCUGAUAAAAAAAAAAUGUCGAGUAUGUAAAUGAAUGAAAAUUUUCGGGGUGAUGCCCCUGAGUAAUCGAAUUAGUGAUUAAUUGAUUAAUCAAUUGAUUGAUUAAUUAAUUGAUUGAUGAAUAGUGAAAUUUAAUAAAUUGCUGGUGAGUAAUUUGGAUAAUUAAAAAUCCAAAGAUGCCGCCAAAUAAUAAUACAUAUUUUUCAACGGGCGAACCCUUCAAUUCAACGCCGUGGCCGGUAAAUUCGAUAAAUUAUUUUGGCAAUGAGACAAAUUUUAAUGUUACGGAUAUAGAUAGUAAUAAAUUUACGUUGCCUCUGUGGCGGCAAAUAGUGUGGUAUUGUUUGUUUGUCAGUAUGAUUAUUGUUGCAACUGGUGGUAAUUUAAUAGUUAUAUGGAUCGUGCUUGUGCACAAACGAAUGAGAUCGGUGACUAAUAUUUUUUUGGUUAAUUUGAGCAUCGCUGAUACAAUGGUGUCAUUAUUGAACGUCACCUUCAAUUUUUACUACAUGCUUCACAGCCAUUGGACAUUUGGUAAUUUGUACUGCAAAGUCAGUCAAUUUAUUGCUGUGCUGACUAUCUGCGCUAGUGUUUUCACACUCAUGGCUAUUUCCAUCGAUCGAUAUAAAGCAAUUAUGAAUCCACUGCGUCAGAGAAUGAGUCGACGGAAAACGUUAUGUAUAGCCAUAGUAAUAUGGGUAUUCUCAACGUUGCUUUCAAUACCGAAUUUAAUAUUCUAUAAUAUAUAUACUGUCACUUUUCCAAAUGGUAUGGUGAGAGUAGUUUGCUAUAGUGAUUGGCCAAAUAAAGAUGAUAACGAAUUCAGUUAUGAUGAAUACAUAUACAAUGUUAUAUUCAUGGUACUGACAUAUUUUUUGCCGAUUGGAUCAAUGUCUUUUACAUAUGCAAGAGUUGGCUGUGAAUUAUGGGGCUCGCAAAGUAUUGGCGAGCAAACUCAUAAUCAAAUGGAAAGUAUUAAAAGCAAACGACGAGUUGUGAAGAUGAUGAUUACUAUAGUAAUAAUAUUUGCAGUAUGUUGGUUACCAUUUCAUAUUUAUUUUAUUGUCGUAUCUUCAUUACCGGACGUAACAAAUGAACCAUACAUCCAAGAAGUUUAUUUAGCCAUUUACUGGCUAGCGAUGUCCAAUAGUAUGUACAACCCGAUAAUAUAUUGCUGGAUGAAUUCAAGAUUUCGUAGAGGAUUCGCUUUAGUGUUCCGGUGGUGUCCGGGCGUGCACGCGGAACCGGAACCAGCGUUAAGCAGAUCGGAAGCUAUUACACGUUACAGUUGCACAGGAAGUCCCAUUGGACAUACGAGGAUCUCAAGAAAUGGUAUGUCCACCUGUAGUACAUCCUCUGAACAGAGUCUUAGUCUCAGCUGUGCAUCAAAUACUUCUCACGCUAAUAAAUACGCAUUGAUAAAUCCUCCUAAUCAUAACGGCGAUAUUAAUGAGUGCGGUGAUUGUAAUAUUGAUCUUAAUUUAUUAAAUCCUCAUUUAUGUUCAAGUAACGAUUUUAAUUAAAAACAUUAAUUAUGUUUAUUUUUUGUUAAUUGCUUCUAAUAUUUUUAUUUCUAUUAUUGUUGUAAUAUUUAAUUAAGAAAUAAUAAAAUUUUUUUCAUUUUGUUUAUUUUA